AUGGCGGGCUGUGCGGAGCCGGCCGGGCCACUUCCUCCCGCCCGGCUGACUUGCAGGAAGCGCCGCCCGCGGGGAGUCACGGCGAUUCCCGGCAGCCGGGCAGUUACCGCGCGGGGCGGGAGGCUGUCGCCGGGCAGGGCCGCCGGGCACGCCCAGGGAGGGGCUGCCCACUGCCCCCGACCCUCCUUGGCCGGGCCCGACCCCCAGGGACCCGAGGGACGGGGUGGGGAGGACGCGGGGGCCGCGCGGGGCCGGGGAAUGCAGAGGGGUCAGAGCGGGUGGGGUCCCCAGUCCACCCCAGACACCCACGUCGGCCACCCCGCCCCGCAGGAGCAGCACCAGACCCCAGGGGGAGCGAGUGACGGCCACCACGCUGCAGGGAAAGACGCACAGACGGCCACGCAGCCCGCGGCUCCAGGACACUCCAAAACUGGGGCGACCACCGGGCAGACGGACAAGAAAGACGUCUGGCCCGGGGUCACCCCACGAGCCGGGAGAUCGGCGCCCAGACACACCCCGGGAGAGCGGGACACGCGUCCACGCACAGCAGCACCACGCAUGGCCCCCGAGGCAGAAGCACCCCCGGCGCCCUCAGCGGGCCAGGGGGACCCCACGGGGGAGCCCAGGAGUACCAGGCCCGAGAAAGGAAGGGAGCCACGCGCAGACAACGGGCCUGGGCGGCGUCACGCCCGCGAAGGGAGCCAGACCCCGGCGAGGGCUCUUCACGCUCCCACUGAGUGAAGUGUCCAGAACAUGCAAAUCCCUGAGGACGGGAAGUGGACUCGUGGCUGCCGGGGCUGGGCAGGGGAGCGGGUUUCCUUUCUGAGGCAAGGGGAAUGUUCUGGAAUCGGACAGAGGUGCUGGUUGCACAACUCUGUGAACAGGCUAAAAGCCACCGAGCCGUACACUGUAAAGGGGUAGAUUUCACGGUGUGUGAAUUACACCUUAACUUAAAAAUAGAGUUAGCAGGAAGCUGACACGAGAGGCAGAGCACAAAACACCAGCACAGAAGUUUUACUAUUAGGUUUGACCUGUGUGAGAUGCUUUGUCCGACUGCCAGCGAGGUUGCAAAGCGGCACCCCGCGAGUCUCCCCAGCCUCGUCCCCAGCCCCCCACUGGCAGGAGAGGCCACUCCAAGCGGGCAGAAGGGAGGGUCCCUGCAAUGGGGUACAGGACCUGGGGGUGGGGAGUGGUUUCUGCCUAGGGGUGCUGGGUCCUGCAGGUUGGGGUUCUGGGGUCUUGGGAGCUCCUUGCCCACCUGUCACCCACCCUCACCUGGAUCCCUGAACCCCGAGCUCCCCCACGGCCCCCCACGGUGGAGGCCGUGGGCUCGAGGUCAUUUGCCGACAGCCAGGUGUGCAUGGCUCCCCGGCUCCCCGGUCACCCCGGCCGUCAGGACACUGCCUCGGUUCAUUCUUCUUGACCGUCGCCGCGUCCCGAGCGGCCAAUUCGUGUGCACCUUUCCCAGGGGCGGCUGAGAAGGCCUUAUGACAACCUGCAUGUUCUAGUUUCGCAUCAAUGAGAUCAGAGGACACGUGUCCCCUCGUGCCCGGCUUCUCCACACACGGCAAAGGCCUGUGCAAGCCCCGGUUCAGUUCCUGUGAGGACACACCCGGGAGUGGGACUGCUGGUCCUGCGGUGACCCCACGUUUAACUUCCCAGGAGCCCCAUUUACAUUCCCACCCUCAGGGCCCGCGGGCCCCCACGUGCCUGGGUCCUCACCGGUGCCUGGCAUUUUCAGACACUCGUGUUUUUUUUAACGACAGUCGUUCUGGUGGGUGGGGGCUGGUGCCUCACUGCAGUUCAGAUUUGUGUUUCCCUAAAGGCUAAUGAUGCUGAGCAUAUUUCCAUGUGCUUUUCGGUGAUUUUUAUAUCAUCUUUGUAGAAAUAUCUAUUCAGAUCCUUGACCCAUUUUUCAGUUGUGUUGUUUGUCUUUCUGUUGUUGAGUUGCAGGAGUUCUUUGUAUAUCUGGAGAUUAAACCGCCAUUAGAUAUAUGGUUUCCAAACAUUUUCUCCUGUCCUAUAGGUUGUUUUUCCACUUUCUUGAUGAAGUCCUUCAACACACAAGAGUUUUCAUCUUUCAUGAGGCCCUGUUAAUCUGUUUUUAAUUCUGUCACUUGUGCUUUGAGCGUGAAGUCUAGGAAACUACCACCUAAUGCAAUGUCCUGA